GUAUUUCUGGACGAGUUGCAGGUGGCGGUCGAGUCAAGAGUUUUUUUGAAGUGGUCUGCCCAUCGUUUCCUUUGCAUCUCCCCUUUGAUAAUUAAAUUUCUUCCAUCAUCUUUUAUUGGUUUUAUCUGUGUUGAUCUCUUCCCAGACAGCAAGUUACCUGGUUAUUUGAUAUAAUGUUGUCAGGUCUCUGUCUUUCCUACCAGCAACGUGUUCUGCUUCACUUGCCAGUGUAUCGUGGAAGUGUCUUUUGUCUUUGCGUGCACUCUUCUUCACUACUUUGUCCAGUGUUUUAUACGUCGUACUCAGUUCUUCUUUUCGUUGUGCAUCCUUGCGCUGGUUCACCAUCGUCCAUUAUAUCUGCUCUGUCAGCAUCCAUGUGUCCAUCUAGAUCCAUUGCUUAUCUUCUUUCUUCUUCCUUCCCAACGUGGUUAUGCAGGUUUCCUUCCACAUCUGUUUCAAAGAGCUCCAGUGUUCUUCCAUGCCCGAUCCUUCAGGGAUAUUGCUCUAUGCCUCCUAUUUUGUUCUGAUGAUUGGCUGACGUGAAGAUGUCCUUUGUAGUU